UUAUAUCAACCCGUGUUAAUAACGGGAUCGGAAAACGAAACUAAAAGAACUUCUAUAUCGAAUUGUGUUGCAAUAAUUGGUAAAAAUAUAUACCUGGGGCUGACACUGUUCCUAAAUUAAAGAGAAAUUCACAAGCAAGACUAUUCGAAUGGAUACCCCUGAUCAAGUACCAGGUAGAAAAAACAUUAGUACAAGGCCAGUUCCAACCACUGAUCAAGUACAAGGAAGAAAAGAAAGCAAAUUUAAAGCUCAGAUGGAUGAAAAAGAAAACGACCGACAAAUCAAGGCGCUGAAAGACCGGGUCGAGGUCUUGGAGAAUCAACUUAAAUCGCGUUCUUCUUCUGAUGCAGAUUGUGUGAAAUGCGCAACAUUAGAAAAAGCAUUGCACCAGAGCACACAGUACAUUGAUCGACUUACGGCUGAAUUAGAAACCGCUAAGAAGCAGAGCGCACAAGAAAUGGAUCGACUUAAAGUUGCUCUAGAAACAGCUAACGAAAACAAAGAUACCGAAACUGCGUGCCUGAAAAAACAGGUCGAAGAGCUCAAAACCACAACCCAUCAAAGCAGUGUUCCUAAUGACACUAAGAAGUUGCAAGAACAAUUGGAUCAGAAUAAACAACAAAUGGAUCGACAAGCGUCCGAACUAAAAAUCGUGAAGAAGGACCUUGAAAUAAAAAAGGAAGAAAUCAUAGGUCUACAAGAUGAAAAGAAAUCAAUAGAGAGCGAGCUUACAACGUUGAAGUCACUCAGUGAAUCUCAAAACAAUUCGUCUAAGAUAAACACCGGGUUGCAGGACAAAAUUGGCUCUAUGAAAAAGCAGAUUACCCAAAAAGACACCGAAAUUGGAAAUAAAAAGUCAGAAAUAGACGCACUGAAAGUGGAAAUCAAUGAUUUAAAGAAAACCAUCGAUACACUUCGGAGAGAAAAAACGAUGGAAAAAACAGCACCGCCCGGGCGAGACGACGUGGGUGAUAUAAAACAGCAACUCAGUAAGGCAACACACGAAAUUGAUGAACUGAAAAGCAGGUUGAGCAAGAUGGUUGGCGAGAAUCUAACAAACAACAAUCUAAGACCUAAGAAUAUACGUAACAGCCUUGUAAGAUGUUCAGUGUCUUAUAACAGUACUGUUAUUCAUUUAUCGGGUCAAUGUAACCGACCAAGAUGUACACAUUGCAAUAAUAUAAGCAUAUGUUCAAGUUUCAAUAUUAGUGUUACUGGUCUAUCGUAUGAUUUACGCUAUGAUGUUGAUUGUACUUCGCGCAAUGUUAUAUAUCUUAUUACAUGUAAAAAUUGUAAUAAACAAUACGUUGGACAAAUUAAUCAGAAUGUUUCCCGCAGAAUGAAUAGUCAUAGAUUUGAUAUCAAAUAUUGUUCAAUAAAUCCUAUUUCACAUGUUGCUACACAUUUUGGAUCCACUGACAAUGAUUGCACUUUAUCAGAUUUCUCCUUUGUACCUAUUGAUGUUGUUCAAAACAAUCUAGACCGCUUAUGUAAAAAAACAUUGGAUACAUAAAUUAAAAACUAUGAUUCCUAACGGUCUAAAUAAUAAACUGCUGUAUGACAUAUAGAACAUAAACAUAAUUUACAUAUACAUUUGAUGUUUGUCUAUUACUUUGUUUUUCUAAAAAUUAUAUUAUUACUAAUAGACUGUUGUAUCAUCACUGAUCCAUCUUUGUAUUAUGUAUUAUUUAAUAUUAUGUACUAUAUAUUUUUCCGACAAACGACGUUACGUUAUUGUAUGACGUUGAAGUCACUUCCUUUGUAUUUGUUUAUAUUAAUGCACUACUGAUGAAGGUUAUGGCCGAAACAUGUUUAGUACCUAAGACAUUUUAAUAAACAGUGACGUGUUUGUACGAUUUAUUUAAUUUUAUACAAACAACAACCCAAAUAUCACGGA